UGAUUAGUUUAUAGCACUUUGAAGUUAAAGUCAAAAAGUUCCUUUUAAAUAACGUAGCCACUAACUAACAGUCUGAAGCUACUAAAACUGCUGAAAUACACCGCUUGUAGUCGAAAAGAAACUGAGAGAAGCAUCACACAAACCCUAAACUGACCUUUUCCCUCGGGCACCAACAAUUUGCCGACUCCCCCCAUAUCACGUGACGUCACGGGCGUGGGCGUGACUUUCCGCGCGCUCGUGCCCAAUACCAACAACUCGAGCGGAGGGCGCAGAAUGAAAGCGGAGCGAGUUCGUGUUAGUAAAUACAAGCAGAGUGAAGACGGAAUAAAAGAGCGCUGACACAAAAAGCGGAAUAAAAACAGCACUGACACACACAUUCAAGCACUGGCGGGCGGUUUUGCUGACUCCGCCGAUGGAUGAUGAGGAGGACGAACAGCUUCCUCGCUGCUGUGAAACACCGCUAAGAAACAAGAGCUCAGAGAACAGAGACAGCCCACGUGGAGAGCUGGGACAAACGGCUAACAGACACGGACGCUUUGAAGACAGAUCGACGCAGACUGCCAGCUCUGUGCUGAAUUCAGCGAGAGACGGAGAUAUGGCACCAUUCCAGGGUUUAGAGAGAAAUACAUCAUCUCCCUGCGGAGCUGUGGAUGCCAGGACUCCAUUUGGGGCUCACUGUGGAACUGGGGGCCUUGCGUCACUUACUAUGGCCCCUGGGGCCCCUGGAGGACCAAGAGCACUUUUUCAUGGAAAUGCUGGAUUUCGUUCACACUUCCCCGCACUGUUCGAACCCGUCCCGGACGGCACACAAAACGCAGUAGAGGACCAAGGGAGACCAGAAGAAAAGGAAGAUGAACACGACGUGGGAAUUAGCGUGGAAGUUCAGAUCGGGCGUAAAUUGCGUGAAAUGGGGGAUCAGUUUCAGCAGGAACAUCUUCAGCUGUUCACUGAAAGAGGCCAGAUGGGUUUGUUCCAGCUAGUGACGACACUCUACAACUUCCUUUUCCCUCAAGAAAGACCCCAAAAUGCAAGAGCCCAGAGAUGAAAGGCCACGGCACAAGCGUUCAGGACCUAAAUGAGUUUUACACAGCAGUGCGCAGAUCUGGAUUUACGUGGCUCAAAAAGAAGGUUGCCGCUGGCCGGAGACUUCCCUCCUUUUUCUGAAGAAGCCAUUCUCAAAAUGGAGCGUUGGAGGAAAUUUUCUGCAGGUUGCAUAUCAAUAUAAACAUAUUAAUAUUCUGCCUUAUGUUUCCCCAACAAGCGGAUCUCAGCGCCUUAAUGAAACCCUCAGAAGAACUGUUUAAUAGGCAACAAGCUGUGAGAAGACUCAAGGUCAAAAGUAUUUGAGUAUUUGUGCUGACUUUAAUGCACCUACUGAACUCUGCAUCCCAUCUUUCUCUGCUGGUGUAUCAUGGCUCAUGCUUGAUUCAGUGCAGUUAUCAGUGUUAUUGGGACAGAGUCGAAGGACAGAACAGACGUGACGCGACGCAAUCCAGAGGCCAGAGAUGUGCUUCAUAAAGGACCGACACAGAACUGAAAAAAUUGUUCAAAUGCAGAAAAACAACUUGAAAAUCAGGUUAUAAUACCUGCAUACGAUGAGCCAUUUUCAAGAACAAGAAGACAAAUAUGAAUUUUGUAAUUUUAAAAGUUUAAAUGUUACAACAAUUUUACCCUUCUUAAAUAUUAGUUUGCCUUAAUGAAUUCUUACUGUUCUCCUGUCAUAUAUCACAGGCAUUACAUAAUGACACGAUUUAUCUCAGGCACUAAAGUAUUACUUGGGAUAUCAGUGUUUCAAGCAUCUUUUUAGUAAUUGGUGACAUUCAAAAUGUGCUCAAAGAGCAAUACACCAAAUCGUCUUUUACAGUACAACUCAAGCGAUAAAUGCAAUCAAUAAUAUCUAAUCUACAAGUUACCAGAACCUAUUAAAGUUCUAGCAAGAGUUGUGUUUGUAUGUAUACGUCAAUCAAUAGUAAUUAUAAAGAGGUUUUUAUUCAUGUAAAUGUCUUAAGAGGGAAAAUCUCCUCUGGCUAGCGUAAAUAUGCUUUAAUUGAAGAGAUAGUUCGCCCAGGAAUGAAUAUUAUGUAAUCUUUUACUCACCCUCACG